UGCACAGUGCAUGCUUCUUGUAUACUUACAAUGCCUGCUAGUUACGAGACCUGCAGAACUAGUGGAGAGGAGAAGAUCCCACCCGGACUGGGGAGAAUCCUGUGCCCGGACUGCGUGCUGCUGCUGCUGCUGCAGAAGGAAGGAGGAUCCUGUGCUAGGUGCUGAGACCACAAAGCAGUGAGAUGAGGGCACUGUAGAACUGUUCCACCCUUACCCCUGGCACCUAAGUGAGGGAAAUGUACCCAGUCUGCAGCCAAGUAGGACAGGCAAACAGUAAACAGCCACAUGAAGAAUAGCAGCACUGACUGACACAUGCAGCAUACUUGGAGUGUGUACAUUCAGGAGAAGAGUGCUGGGAUCAGUGCUGAAGGAAUGCAUUGUCUGGGUCUCUGGAAUGCUGGAGGUCUUCUGAUGGGGGUUAUCUGUGUAUAGACGCUGAAAGAAAUGAGGUGAGAGAUUGUACUUCUGACAUCUCUGCUUUGUGCCUCACAGUCCCCAUACUUUGGCUGCUGACUCUGACAACAUGUGUCAGUACAAUUAUAGGUACAUGUUCAGUAAUACAUGAACUGUCACUACUAUAAUGCAUGGAGGAUCUGCUGGACAAUGACUUCAUUAAUGGUGACUUCAGCUAUCUUUAUCAUGUGACUAAGAUGGAGUUUACAACUUUAACAUCUUCUGGCAUCUACAACAAGUCUGGAAACAGCAGCCAGCAAGAGCUGGGGAGCUGGCCCUAUGCAGCAUGGGAGAGUGCCCUAAUUAUUAUUGCAGUGGGGUCCAUCAUUCUGUCCACAGUCAUUGGCAACAUUCUAGUGGUUUUAGCAAUAUUCACUAGUCGGGCUCUGAGGGCCCCACAGAACUUGUUCCUUGUGUCCCUGGCAUCAGCAGACAUUCUUGUGGGAGCUUUGAUCAUUCCUUUCUCCUUGGCCAAAGAAGUCAUGGGUUACUGGGCCUUUGGGAAUAUUUGGUGCAGCAUGUACCUCGCUUUAGACAUUCUCUUCUGCACCUCGUCUAUUGUUCACUUGUGCGCCAUCAGCAUGGACCGUUUCUGGUCUGUUACCAAAGCAGUACGGUACAACAUGAGGCGCACACCUAAGAGGAUAAAGAGCAUGAUUGCAGUCAUUUGGGUGGUGUCUGCCAUCAUCUGUUUCCCACCACUGCUAAAAACAAGUUCUCAUGAAGAAUGGAAGUGUAACCUAAACGAUGACACCUGGUAUGUCUUGUUUUCGUGCACUGUAUCCUUCUUUCUUCCUUGCAUUAUUAUGAUACUGCUAUAUUGUCGCAUCUACCGUGUAGCCAAGCAUCGAGCCUCUACAGUGUCCAAUCUCAGAAAUGCGCUUUCUGACUGUGGCAGUCUCCAGCAAGGCGCAUGUUGUCACCAGGAGUGCUUAGCCCAGGGUAACCUACCCAACGACCAUGAUGCAGAGGCAAUGGACAUGGAGGAGAGCUCAUCUUCAAUCCACAAGAUACCACCAGAUUCAGCAUACGAGAAAACAGGUGAUGGGACCAACAAUGCUAAAGGUAAAAGACUGUCUUGGACCAUAAACCGGGGCCAGCAACGCAGAGACAGGUUAGUCUCAGUCUCUCAGACCCGCCUGACACAGCUGAGGGAGAAGAGGCUAACCUUUGUGCUAGCUGUGGUGAUAGGUGGCUUUGUCAUCUGCUGGUUCCCAUUUUUCUUCACCUACAGCCUGGAGUCUGUAUGUAAGGGCAGGUGUGGCAUUUCUGAUGCUCUCUUUAACUUUUUCUUCUGGAUUGGAUAUUGCAAUAGCAGCCUGAACCCUGUCAUAUAUACUGUCUUUAACCGGGAUUUCCGGAAAGCGUUCAGGAGACUCCUUGUACGCACUUCAAAAAGGACCAUGUAAGAAACAAUGGGCAAAUAGGAAUAUAGCAAUUCACAGCAUAUGUAAAUGGUGCUGCACGCUGUCAUUUCCCUGUCCUAUACUAUUCUGCAACAGGGAAGUGUCCAGUCUCCUUUUACAGCUGGCAUUCUUGGCAUGGGCCAGUGCUUGCUAAGUACCUGAAGUGAUUACUUCCUACGGGAUCGGUAUGAAAUACCUCCAAUCAAAACCCAGACGGUCGAAAUCCCGACAGCAAUUGACCGAUGGUCAAAAUCCCGACAUGGACAAAACACCGACAUGUAAAAUGCCGACAGGUAAAAAUACCGACAUGCAUUUUUAAUUGUUUUUGUGUGUAUGUCGACAUAGGUUGACAUGGACACCAUAUAAGUGUACCGCGUCCCCUCGAAUGGCUCGCUGCGCUCGCCAUGCUUCGGGCACACUAUUAUAUUCCCCCUCCAGGUCCACUGGGAUGGUAAAGUAUGAACAAGUCGGUUUCAAUGAAAAAAAUCAUGAAAAAAUCAUGUCGGCAUUUUGACCUGUCGGCAUUUUACAUGUCGGUAUUUUAAAUGUCGGUAUUUUGUCCAUGUCAGGAUUUUCACCUUGUCAGGAUUUUGACCAUCGGUCAAUUGCUGUCUGGAUUUUGAUUGGAGGUAAAUUGACUGCAACCCCUUCCUACCUAGAUGCUGAUUAGAACUUGUCUGUCCACCUAGCACCCACUAGAGAGUAGGGUGGAAGAUUUCACCUUUGUAAUUGUGGUAAUGGAGAGUCAGAUGUCAUUGUCCCAUUCAGUAAUAAAUAUCUGUAUUUCACAAAA